UACCAGUCUCCGGGCCCCAAUGACAUUCGAGGCCCUUGCCCAGGCCUGAAUGCUGCUGCCAACCAUGGUUAUUUGAAUCGAAACGGGCUCAGUACUCUACAGAACACGAUUACAGGUCUUGGCGAUUUGUACGGCAUGUCCGUUGACUUGGCAGGAUUCCUUGCUGCCUAUGCUAUCGCCGUUGAUGGCGAUGUCGUGACCCAGCAGUGGUCGAUCGGAGGUCCAUUACCCGCAAAUUUGCUCAGCGGCACGCUUGGCAAGCCAACAGGCAUCAGCUACUCUCACAACAACUACGAGGGCGACACAUCAAUCGGCCGAUGUGAUGCCUAUAUCAACGGCGGAGACGCCCACUCCCUCAGUACCACUCGUUUCGCUACUGCCUAUGCAUCAGGAAAUGGCUCGCCGACUGGCAAUCCAAAGAACAUCCUCUACACCUUGGACACCAUGUCCAGGCUGUACGCCAAGAAUACAAUCCGAUCCAUCUCGACCAAUCCAUACUACUUUGCUCCUCUCUUCUCCACUACCUUGGUUUCACCUGCGGCUUACAAUUUCGUGGUCAACUUCAUGAGCAACCACUCUUCUGCUUCCCCUGCUGGAUAUCUCGAUGGAGCACAGUUCAAAACAUUCUUCGGUAUUUCAGGCAACUAUCCGAACUUUGUGUGGAACAAGGGCCAAGAGCGCAUCCCAGACAACUGGUACAAGCGCCCAGUAGCAGUCCCGUACAACGCAGUCGAUGUCUUCGGAGAUUUGAUUCCAGAGUUCGCGGCUUACCCAGAUACCUUCCGCUUUGGAGGUAACACCAAUGGCGUCAACACUUACACUGGUGUCGACAUUGCCAACUUGACUGGCGGUGCAUACAACGCUCAAACUCUCUUCCAGGGUAACAACUUCGGCUGCUUCUUCCUACAGACAGAGCAGCAAGCGAUCCCACUUCAACUGCAGGGCGGCGUGAACGAUGUGGCUACAGCCACUGCAUUGGUUCUCAAGUACCUGACACCAUUGUCCACGCAGCUUGGCUGCCCAGCACUCAGCAAAUACGACAACAGUGUCUUCCAGAAGUACACUGGAAGGAGUUAUGCACCAACCGCCAACCCCAACGGUUACAGGGCCAAUUGCUAG